UGGUAUGAAAAUAAGGCAAUGCAAAAUCAAUGGGCGUAAACAAAGUGGGUUUGUUAUUAUAACAGUUACAAAACUGGUUUCAAAUUCUCGAUUCCCUUGUAGAUCCGUUGCUCCAUAGCUUUGUUCGGCAGGAAUUUCUCUCUCUCUCUCUAAGCUGUCGCUCUUCCUCUGACCAUGGCGUCCCCAAUGAAAAUAGUGUUCGGAUUGCUAACAUUUGUCACUGUAGGAAUGAUUAUCGGAGCUUUAUUUCAAUUGGCAUUUAUUCGAAGAUUAGAAGAUUCGUAUGGCACUGAUUUCCCUUCACAUAGAAGAAUGCAUGAAAGUCAGAAUGUUGUCAAUCUGCAGUUGUCAGGAGGCAUUUCUCAUUGGGCUAAUGACAAGGACGCCGUUAUUUUACGUCUUGGAUAUGUCAAACCUGAAAUAAUUGGCUGGUCGCCGCGAAUUAUUGUAUACCAUAAUUUUUUGAGUAUGGAGGAAUGUGAUUAUCUUAGAGCAAUUGCCAGUCCCCGUCUUCAGAUUUCUACUGUGGUGGAUACAAAAACUGGAAAGGGAAUCAAGAGUGAUGUUAGGACAAGCUCUGGUAUGUUUUUGAAUCCUGAAGAGAGAAAGUAUCCAAUGAUACAGGCAAUUGAAAAACGAAUUUCUGUCUAUUCUCAAAUACCAGUAGAAAAUGGGGAGCUCAUUCAAGUAUUAAGGUACGAAAAAAAUCAGUUUUACAGACCUCAUCAUGACUACUUCUCUGAUACUUUUAACUUGAAGCGAGGUGGUCAACGAGUUGCAACAAUGCUUAUGUAUUUAAGUGACAAUGUUGAGGGGGGAGAAACAUACUUUCCUGUGGCUGGUUCAGGCGAAUGCAGCUGUGGUGGAAAAAUGGUGAAAGGGUUGUGUGUAAAACCUAAUAAAGGAGAUGCAGUGCUUUUCUGGAGCAUGGGGCUAGAUGGACAGUCUGACCCAAACAGCAUACAUGGGGGAUGUGAAGUACUUGGGGGGGAGAAGUGGUCAGCUACAAAAUGGAUGAGGCAGAGAACUACUUCCUAAAUUCUCAAUAGUUCUUCCAUCUGUUAAAAAUAUAGAAAGUUUUUCUUUUCUCUUUUUUUUUUUCUUCCCUUUCAUAAUUAGUCAUGAUAGAGAUAGCUUAAUCCAUACAACUGGGAAGUGUAAAACUAGCAUCAGGUAAAGUAAUAAAUUUAGCUGAAUAAUAAUUCACCGAUCCAAUUUGAACAAACCUUGUCCAAGAACCAAAAUCGACGUCAGGCAUCGUAAAUCGUAUAAUCCAAAGGAUUUGUAUUACUGAGCAGGCAUAGAAGAUUGGAGUGGCACUGCAAAAGAGCACUUGGGUAUAUAUCAUUCAGUCUCCAGCUCCGGUAUAGCUUUUUCAGUUUUUGUCACUUCAGGCAUCUAAAAAUGUGGUCUCUCCUGAGCAUUUUCUGGUUCCCAUUUUUGUUUUGGUAGCGGUUGCAUUGAUUCUAUCGAUCUUAAAAGUUGAAGGUAGUGCCUUUUCCAAAUUAGGUUUCCAUUCUUAAGUUGUACUUUGUGAUAGUCCCAUAGAUGGUUAAUAGAAUGAAUGAAAUCCAAUGGCAAGCAAAGAAGCUUGAUUAUCGAAUGGCUCAAGGAAAACUGAUCACUAGAAGAGGAUUAUAACGCUUGAGUGAUUUGAAUACUAGGUUGGUGCUUAUUAUCUACUUUGUAGUUCUGUACAAAAUUUAUAGAAAAUUCUCUUCUCGUCUGUGGAUACAGGUUGGGUUGUAUUGAACAACAUUAAAUCUUUUUUUCGUCAUGAGAAAAUUUUAAAUAGUAUUCAUUUUUGUUGUCUA